AGAUGAAAUAGUGUGCAUAAACAGUUCGCUUGACAGAUACGUCAUCCAAAAUGAAGCAAUGUUGUAGUUCGUUGAGAUUUCAAAUGGUAAAUAUUUUUAAUCAAGUAAAUGUGAAUGCAAUUUUAUAUUGAAAAGAAUAAAUAAAUGGAAAUAAAAUUGACUGAAUCUGCGUGAAACUCUAACAUGAGAUGAUAAUGUGCGGAAUGGUUCCCUUUCAGAAGAUUGGCGCGUCGUCACAAUUUGAAAAGUGAAACAAACGAAAUAAGUUUUGACGUUUGAUACGUUUGCGUGUGAUGGCAGCAGAGUGCGCUGCACACCAUGAAACAGCUGUGUGUGUUCAAUUUUUUUUUAUUAUUCAUCAAUAUACUUUCUUCAAGUUCGCACUAAACAAUAAACGUUUGAAAAAUAGUGCUAGUCUGUUAGUCCAGUUUGUGAAUCUAUAUAUACGUUGAAUAUAAACAAAGCAACAGACACAAGUCCAUCAUAUGAAUUGCGUGUGAUUGCAGCAGCAAGGCAUAUGAUGAAAAUUUCCAGUUUUCAUCUAUUACGUAUGUAAUGGCUAAUCAUUCCGAUGAUGAGAGUUUUGGUGCACCAGAAAAUUUCCACAUCACAACCGAAAAUGAUGAGGAUGGUAGCCAUUGGAGUAGUUGCCAAGUGAAGUGUCCAUUGUGUAAUUAUUCACGAAAAUCGUUUCAUUGUCGUUAUUGCAUUCGUGAUGGCAAUUUUGUGCAUUCAUCGCAUCAUUUGGCUGAACGGUUCGGUGAGAAGCAGCUAAAAUACAAGAAUUUGAAGUCAGUUCAUCGAGCACAGCAGGCAACAUGCCUUCGCUUACUGUACAAUCGGAAGCUGGCUGAGGAUUUGCAGUUUGCUAUCAAGCAAAAGAAAGAGAAUAUCUUGUUGUUGAAGAAACUGAUCACCGAACGUUCGAGCGGAACCAAAUCGCUGGCGGAAAAAUGUGAAAUGCUACGACAUGAGAAUGCAAAAAUUCGUAAACAAAUCCCACAGUAUGUGAAAACAUGCCAACAGUUUGCUGAUUAUAUUGAGAAAACGGAAGAUCGAAAUGCACAACAAGUCGAAGAACGAACCAAACUGUUCGAAGAAGUCAAACAAUGUCGCAUACAAAACAUUCAAAAGUUGAUAAAAUUCAUAUUCCCGUUAUCGCAACGAAUAUCAAAGGGAGAGGCAGCAAUUGGUACAAACACAAGCCCAAAAUCGAGCCCAGUCGAAGCCAAUGCGCCCAAUGUGGAUGCUCGUAAAAGCAUAUCUGAUGUGAAUGUAGCCGAUUUGGGUACGGUUGUGUCAGCCGAAACGAUGAACGCACUCGCUGACGCCACGCAUACCACAUACGUUCGUGGUCGAUGGGUGUUGCAAGACAGCCGUGGUGAACUACAGCACGUGAUUGUCGCACCAUCACUUCCAGAGAAUGGCGAUUAUUCAGCUUACAAUGAUUGGGUGGCAACUACAAAAGAUGGUGUACCAAAUCCGCCUGGAGCCAGCGAAGCAAUGACCAGCUCAAAUGCUGCAUAUCGCAUCAGUGCUGCCUUGACAUACACCACACAAUUGGUUCACUUACUCAGCUAUUACUUGGAUGUCAGACUGCCGUUCAGAAUAAAUUAUAGUGAUUUUUGUAAAAAGGAAUUGAAUGAACAAUCGUUUGGGAGAAAAGUGGCCCGUUUGAAUACAAACAUUUUAUAUUUGUGUUACACACAACGUGUGAAACUGGGCUCGUUGUCACCGAACCAUACGCUUGAGAAUAUAUCAAAAAUGUUGAAUUUGGAAUACAGUGAUUUGGGUCGCAUCGGGGCGGUUGACAUCAAUGAUGGUUUCAGUGGCGCACAAAAUAUUCAAUUAAUGCAAAAUCUAACCGCUGGAAACACGGACUCUGGAUCUGAUGAUGAAGCAGAAGAUGGUGCUUUACCGACCGAAUGGGAGGCUGUUUCACAUCCGCAUCAACCGCCCGAUCUGUCGUUGCCAUUGAGUUCACAAACGCAGCAAACGGCUAGCGUGGCCGGCGGUUUCGUCUCAAGCGCUGUACAAUCGAUAUGGCGAGUUUUUAAUCGUCAAUGAUCAUAUUCAACGAUAAAUAUUUACAAUAAUUAAGAACAAAACACUUUUUUUUUUUAAACAAAUAUUUUUCUUCCUUUCGUUCUUGGAGUAAAAAUUGUUCGUUAAACUUCAAGUGAAAAAGAGUUAUUUUAAAGUCUUUAGUUUUUGCGUCGGUAAUAAUGAUAAUGAUUUUUUUUUCUGCCAUUUAAGCUCCCAAACUUUGUUUAUACUCAACAAUAUUUUCAUGAGCCAUUUCUUUGUCUGAUAGCAAACCGAUUUUUUUUCUCUCGCGGAGUUCAAUCGUAAUGUGAAUUUGAACAUUUUUCUAUGAAAUGAUAAUUAUAAAAUAAUACGCAAUUUUUUUUUUAAAUAUAUCGUUUAAUUCCAUUUCGAUGUGUAACGAAUUAGGCAGCAUUGAACUCUGAAACUGGACAAAGAAAUAAGAUUGAUUCAGCUCAUUUACACAAUAGGUUUUUCUUUCUCGCGUUUCAUUCAUUCGUUAGCUUUAAUUUUACUAAAUGUUACUGGUUUCCGAGAUCGAUGUUAAAUGUGUACAAAAAGACAUAAAGAAAGGAAGAAACAAAUAGUAGGAUGAACAGUGUUCAUUGAACACAAAUCACUGGAUCAAACAAACGGCAACCGAAUUCUAAGAUGAAACAAAAAAACAAAUAGGAAAGCGUACAGUGUUUAUACAAUUUAAAGCCGAAAAGAUGUAAUUUGACGUAAAUGUAUCUGAUAAUCAGACACCAUGAUGAAGAUGAAGAUGAAAGAAAUGCGAAAUAAAAACAAGAGAUUUAUUUUUUUACGAUAA